AUGGACGAAAAUGAAUCCCUAGGUGGAGAUCCGAGCGAGCAGUUCCACAGAAACGAGGCGAUCUCUGCCGUCGCCGACGAGGGUUUCCUGGGCGAGGAGGACGAUGACUAUGAGGAUCUCUACAACGACGUCAACGUCGGCGAGAAUUUUCUUCAGUCCCUUGGCGGGAACGAGGAUAAUUUAGGGCAGAGGAACCAAGGGGUACAGGAGAGCAAGGCUGACACCGGCCCGACCCCGACCGCGGUGGCGCCUUCGUCUCCGGCACCAUCUCAGCAGCCGCCGCCUGUGCAGAGUGGAGGCGUAGCUUUACAGGAUGAGGGGGCUUUGUCGAGGGUUCCUGGUAUAGUAGAGAAAUACCAGAAUAUGGGAUUUGGAGGAAAUAGUAACACGAGUGAUGCCGGAGCUGGUAGAGGGGCGGGACCACCAGCUGGCAGUGGAGGCGGAUUCAGGGUUGAGCUAGGGCAACCUUCCAGCAAAGCAGCUGAUUUGGAGGACCGUGCAGUGAACGCCGUCCUGAAUAAUCAACAAGUGGUUCAUCCUCCUCCUCAGCAGCAGACACACCCUGGUAAUAUGGGGAGUGCUGAAAAUGCGAGGAAUGUGAAUGGGGCUGGUGGAAAUGUGUACGGAGGUGAUGGUGGAGGCGGAGUGACAGGCGUUGGUGGUGAUGGCGGAAUUGGCGGCGGAGGAGGUGGGGGCGGCAGCGGGGGUGGAGGAGGGGGAACAAUUCUUUUUGUUGGAGACCUGCAUUGGUGGACAACGGAUGCUGAGCUGGAAUCGGAACUGUGCAAGUACGGGCCAGUGAGGGAGGUCAAGUUUUUUGACGAGAGAGCCAGCGGGAAGUCCAAGGGUUACUGUCAGGUUGAGUUUUUUGACCCAUCAGCCGCUACCGCCUGCAAGGAAAGGAUGAAUGGACAUGUAUUCAAUGGGCGGCCCUGCGUGGUGGCAUAUGCCUCGCCUUAUACUGUCAAAAGAAUGGGCGAAGCCCAGGUGAAUAGGAACCAACAGCAGAUGGGUCCGGCAGCUGUCAAUCAGCCACGGAGAGGUCCUGGCGACUUACCUGGCAAACCUGGAGGUGUUGGUAACAAUUUCAGCGGUGCUGGUGCUGGGACUCAUCCGAUUGGUGGUGACAACAAUGGUAGAGGCUUUGGGAGAGGAAACUGGGGUAGAGGUAAUAAUCAAGGAGGAAUGGGAAAUAGGGGUCCGGUUGGCCCCAUGAGGAAUAGGGGGGCUGGUGGAAUGGGGGUUCGUGGUUUUCCGGGCAAUGGAUUUGGGCAGGGGAUUGGUCCCGCCAAUCCCUUGAUGCAUCCUCAGGCAAUGAUGGGUCAAGGUUUUGAUCCUGCAUUUGGAGGUCCAAUGGGUCGGAUGGGUGGCUAUGGAGGAUUUCCCGGUGGUCCUGCCGCUCCCUUCUCUGGAAUUUUGCCAUCAUUCGGACCUGUUGGAAAUGUUGGCCUGCCAGGCGUGGCCCCACAUGUUAAUCCGGCGUUCUUUGGUCGGGGGAUGCCGAUGAAUGGAAUGGGAAUGAUGCCCAACCCUGGGGUCGAGGGGCCUAACAUGGGAAUGUGGUCGGAUCCUACUAUGGGGGGAUGGGUUGGUGAUGAACACGGAGGCCGAGCGGGGGAGUCCAGUUACGGAGAAGAAGCCGCGUCAGACCAUCAGUAUGGGGAAGGGAGUCAGGAGAGAGGGCCGUGGCAGAAUGCUGCUAAGGAAAAAGACAGGGGAUCAGAAAGGGAUUGGUCCGGGUCCUCCGAGAGGAGGUACAAAGACGACGGAGGAGCUGGCUAUGAAAGAGACGCGCCUAGAGAAAAAGACGUAGGACGUGAUAACGAGUGGUCAGAAAGGAGAAAUCGUGAAGAGAAGGAUGCGGGGAGGGACAGGCAGAGGGAGCGGGAGAGGGAUCGGGAGCGUUCCCUGGACCAUGAACGAGGUGGCCGUGAACGUGAGCGUGAACGGCAUAAGGACGAUAGGGACAGGUAUCCAAGCCAUCAUAGGCAUAGGAGCCGUGAUGCGGAUUAUGAUGAUGAGUGGGACAGGGGAAGGUCAUCAAGGACCCAUGCCAAGUCAAGGGUAUCCCAUGAGGAAGAGCGUAGAUCGAGAUCUAGGGAUGCUGAUUAUGGGAAAAAACGACGCAUGAUCUCGGAUUAA